CUGAUCCGCGAUCCGCGAUCGCACCGUUACGUCGCGACAUCGCCCAGAUUCGAUCGAGCGGGGAGUCGGUGCAUCGUUCAAAGUCUUGCCGCGUUUCAGUGCCAAGUAUUUUCGCCUAAACUGGCGCGUCCUUCUGGGUGGAUCACGCUCGAGAGCGGCGAGAAGGCCGAGAAGACGCGUUAGUUUCGCGCUCGCACGUAAUCGAACGGUAACGGUAACGUUAACGUUACCAACGUUUUAGCUCCAAGUUGACGUCAUCGCUGAGAAAUCAAUAACUGCAUUGGGCCGUGGGCUUUUAUUCGUGGUAGCUAGGUAGCUUCCUCGGCCACGUUUACGGAGCAGACACAUUUAAUCUAUUGCUAGACGACAAGAUGAUGUCCGAUCGUAAAGCCGAGCUAGAAAGGAAGAAGGCGAAGCUGCAAGCUAUUAGGGAGGAGAAGGAGAGGCGCAGGAGGGAGAAAGAACAGAAAGAUGUAGAAGAAGCUACCGUUCGUGCCGCUGGCACGGACAAGGAUCAGCGCAAGGAGAUAGAUGCAAUGUUGUCUUCUUUGGGCGUAGCGCCAGUGUCAGACGUGCUCUCUAGUUUGUCGAGUAUGAGCUCGCUGACGCCUGAACAAAGUGCUACGGCCACACCGGACGCCAGCUUGCAGCCAUCCAGUAUAACGUCUGCUCAAAGCAGUGCGGGACGAAGGAAGACGCGGGAGCUCACAAUCGUCUCCGUGGCGCACACAAACAUUCCACCAAAAGAACCGGUCGUUUACAGCAAGCAAACGCAAACCAUUCAGACCACGCAUACAUCCCACGACGGACUGUCCACAUCGUCCUCUGCAUACACCAUCUACUCCUCCUGUUCAACAACAACACCAACUCACUCUUGCUCCGCAGGCUACUUUGAGACUGACUGGUGGCGUCCCAGGAAAGGUGGGUCUGCACCAAACUACCUAUACGAGUACAAUCUAAAUCCUGGUUUAGAAUGGGAGGACGAAUUUACAGUUUUGACAUUUGAUGAUGGCCAAGCCGAAGACGAAGAAAAUAGCUUGCCGCACAUGGACGGUUUCCAGAGUAAGCUCCCACCGGGAAUCCUUCCUCACGGAUUACCGCAAGUUAAGGAAGUCCAGCCUGCCGUUACACAGGUAGAGCAAGAGAAGCAGAAAGAGAAGCCCAAGAAAGAAGUACGGGAGCUUAGCGAAGAAGAGAAGCAAAUGAUUAUCCUGUCGGAAGACUUCCAACGAUUCCUCGAUCGUACCAGCAGAAUCGUGGAGAGAGCACUGGGCGAAUCGGUCGAUAUCUACACCGAUUAUGCUGGCACUAUGGACGGCGAAGACGGAAUGGACGAGAAGAGUCAUCAACGGUUGUGGUUGAAUCGCUCGUUCAUUUGCGAGCGAUGGUCCCGUAAUCGUUGUGUAACCUCCAUGGACUGGUCGCCGCAGUUCCCCGAGCUUUUAGCGGCUUCGUACAAUAACAACGAUGACACUCCGAACGAUCCUGACGGCGUAUGCCUAAUCUGGAAUACGAAAUUCAAGAAAACCACGCCAGAGUUUAUCUUUCACUGUCAAUCGCCCGUUAUGUCCACCACGUUCGCCAGAUUCCACCCGAACUUGAUCCUGGGCGGCACCUACUCCGGUCAAAUUGUGCUUUGGGACAAUCGAGUGCAAAAGAGGACUCCCAUACAACGCACUCCCUUGUCAGCCACUGCGCACACUCACCCGGUAUACUGCUUGAACGUCGUUGGAACGCAAAACGCGCACAAUCUGAUCAGCAUUUCGACAGACGGCAAAUUGUGCUCGUGGAGUUUGGACAUGCUGUCACAACCGCAAGAAGCAUUAGAAUUGCACACGAAGCAAUCGAAAGCGAUUGCCGCCACGUGCUUGGCCUUCCCGCAUGGCGACGUUAACAAUUUCGUCAUGGGAAGUGAGGACGGGACCGUUUACUCGGCCUGCCGACACGGUAGCCGCGCCGGGUUGACGGAAACGUACGAGGGUCAUCAGGGGCCGGUCACUGGCGUUAGCGCACACGCGGUGCAGGGCGGAAUAGACUUCUCUCAUCUAUUCCUGACAUCUUCCCUAGACUGGACUAUCAAACUCUGGAGCCUAAAAGAGAAUAAGCCGCUCUACUCUUUCGAGCACAAUGGCGACUACGUCUAUGACGUCGCAUGGUCUCCGACGCACCCGGCGCUGUUCGCCUCUGUCGAUGAUUCCGGCAGGCUGGAUUUGUGGAAUCUGAAUCAGGAUACGGAGGUACCCACCGCCAGCGUCGUCGUUGAUGGGUGCCCUGCUCUGAACAGGGUAUCGUGGACGCCAAGUGGAUUGCAUGUCACUGUCGGUGACGAUACUGGGAAAAUAUGGGUCUACGAUGUCGCCGAGCAUCUAGCUCAUCCAAGGAUUGACGAAUGGAACAAGUUCCUGUACACGCAACAGGACCUGAAAAACAAUAAAGCGGAUGAAGAACUGGAUAAACUUAAUCUUAGUUCCGGGCCGUCUUCGUUAACAUCUAUGACAUCCAUUUCGUCAGUGCCUCUGAGAUAAAAACCAUACGUUUAUUUGCUCUAGCGAUGUAAUUGCCAUAGUAACUUUUUCCAGGAAUUGAUUACACUUGCACGUGUAUAAAAUAUUGAAAAAUAAGAACCCAAGGGAGAGGUUUGGCUUCCACAAUGAUUUUACUGAAUGUAAUAUUGAAAGAUUAGUUGCCAAUUUUUCUCUCCAUUUUUCUUCGUUAAUGAAACAAUGACUAUAUCGAAACAACUCUUCAUCCUUGGAAAAUAUACAUAUUAUUAACGUGUUAAGCAUUAAUAAUAAUUAUUCUAUAAUACAAAAAUAUAUGUUCAACUAAAAUUAUAAGUAUUAGUUGAGUAAAUCUAUGAUAUAUCAGAAUUGUAAAUAAUGCUUUAAUCGUAUUUUGAAGGAUUAUUUUAUAUAAUUUGUUGUGAUUUAGCUCAAAUACGUUUCGCACGACAAUUUAUCGGUAUUUAUCGCCAAGCACUUGAGAUAAUAUUACAUGUUGUCAAAUUUAGGAAAUUAAAACCACUGAUUGAAACUUCAAAGAUGAAAUAUUCUCUGAAUUGUUAUGUAAAGAGAAAGGAACACACAUACUCAUUAAGCUGUGUAAUAUAUUUAUAUAUAUUUCCCCAGUCAAAUAAUUUGUUUACGCACGUCGUUUUAUUCGUUCAUUUUUUUCAAGUAACAAUCAUCGCUAUUUUUAGAAAUGUAUAUUUAUUAGGCGUUUUUGUAUCAUCUCGUAAAUGUUGUUGCAAAUACACGUCAUUUAUUGCGAAAUA